AUGCCGUUAACAUCACGUUCACCUUACGACAGUAAAACACUACUUGCUAAGUAUUAUGAUUUGCCUCAACCUGAUGACAAAAUUCAAGUUAUGUACGUAUGGAUAGACGGAAGUGGAGAAAAUUUACGCUGCAAAACAAUGACUUUACAAGAAGAACCAAAAGUUCCAGAAGACUGUCCAAUGUGGAAUUUUGAUGGAAGUAGUACGGGUCAAGCUGAAGGUUCUAAUUCUGAUGUUUAUUUAAAACCGUGUGCGAUGUUCCGUGAUCCAUUUCGUGGUGGCAAAAAUAAAUUAGUCUUAUGUGAAACUUAUAAUUACGAUAAGAAACCACAUGUUUCAAAUCAUCGUUAUCUUUGUAAUCUUGUCAUGGAGAAAGCAAAAUCUCACCAACCAUGGUUCGGUAUCGAACAAGAAUAUGCUCUAUUAGACAUCGAUGGUUAUCCAUUACAAUGGCCUAAAAAUGGUUUUCCUCCACCUCAAGGACCUUAUUAUUGUUCUGUUGGAGCUGGUAAAGCACUUGGUCGUGAUAUACCAGAAGCUUUAUACAGAGCAUGCAUGUAUGCAGGAGUUAAAAUUUGUGGUAGCAAUGCAGAAGUUAUGCCAUCACAAUGGGAAUUUCAAGUUGGACCAUGUGAAGGUGUCUCAGCUGGUGAUCAUUUAUGGAUGGCUAGAUUUAUAUUACAUCGUGUAGCUGAAGACUUUGGAGUGAUUGUGUCACUAGACCCGAAACCAAUGCCUGGUAACUGGAAUGGUUCAGGAGCGCAUACAAACUAUUCAACUCAGGCUAUGAGGGAUCCAAAAUCAGGUUUACAAGCAAUCGAAGAUGCUAUUGAAAAACUAUCACAUAAACACAUGGAACACAUUCAAUGCUAUGAUCCUAAACAUGGUUUAGACAAUCAAAGACGUUUGACUGGUAGUCAUGAAACAAGCAGUAUUAAUGAUUUUUCAUCUGGUGUUGCAAAUAGAGGCAGUAGUAUACGUAUUCCAAGACAAGUUGCUGAAAAUGGUUGUGGUUAUUUGGAAGAUAGACGUCCAUCAUCCAAUUGUGAUCCAUACAUGGUCACCAGAAUGUUAGUAGAAACAACAUGUCUUUAA